AUGGCUGGUACUCCUUCCAGGGGCCAGCACAAGCCCCGUCGCAAGGGCAAGAGUGAUGAUGAUGCCUACCUGCCCAAGACGGAGACACUUUACCGUGCUCCUUCGUUUCCUCUAGCGGCUUUCCUCUGGCCAGCACGAGGAUCAGUCUCGCAAUGGGGGGUGCUACCGCUCAUCCUCAUGGUAGUCGGCCUAUUCAGAUGGGCAGCAGGUCUUUGGGGAUACUCAGGCUUUCAGAAGCCCCCCAUCUACGGCGACUACGAGGCACAGAGGCACUGGAUGGAGAUCACGACACAGCUGCCCGUAUCGCAAUGGUACUUCUACGACCUGCAAUGGUGGGGGCUCGACUAUCCGCCUCUGACUGCAUACCACAGCUGGCUGUGCGGCAAGAUUGGCUCGUUCAUCGACCCGAGCUGGUUUGCUCUCGAUACGUCACGAGGAAGCCAUGACCCCAACCUGAAAAUCUUCAUGCGCGCCACAGUCAUAAUCUCGGAAUAUCUCGUCUACGUGCCCGCGCUGGUUAUGUUCGUCAGACGGUUCAGCAAGCUCAACACAGUCUCGGGGUGGUCGGCCUCGGUGGCCCUCGCGGCUAUCCUGAUGCAGCCUGGAACGAUCCUCAUCGACCACAUCCAUUUCCAGUACAACACGGUCAUGCUGGGCUUUGUGGUGGCGAGCAUGUCUGCCAUGGUCGCUGGACGAUACUUCUGGGCCGCUAUCUUCUUCGUCGCAGCUCUGGGAUUCAAGCAGAUGGCGCUCUACUACGCGAUCCCCGUCUUUGUCUUCCUUCUGGGCAGCUGCCUGUCCCCGCGCAUCAACAUCCCCCGCUUCCUCAGCAUUGGGCUCGGGACCAUUCUCGCGUUUGGGGUGUUGCUCCUGCCCUUGAUUGCUGGUGCCUUGUACGACUCAGGCCGAGGUAUCGUUCCUCGGCCCGAACUCGAGGGCAAGGCUGUGCCUCUGCCCAUAUUCCCUUGGAUUGAGGACCACGUCGAUCGGACCGCAAUCUACUGGCCUGUGAUUGAGCAGAUGGUCCAGAUGGUCCACAGGGUCUUCCCCUUUGCGCGAGGCUUGUUUGAGGAUAAAGUAGCCAACUUCUGGUGCGCACUCAAUGUGGUCGUCAAGAUUCAGAAAUAUCCUCCGGAGCUGCUGCAAAAGUUCUCGCUCAUCGCCACGCUAGGCUUCAGCCUUCCGCCCAACCUGAUCCUGCUCUUCAAGCCAAGGAGGGAGAUCCUCCCUCUGGCCUUUGCAACCACUGCGUGGGCUUUCUUCAUGUUCAGCUUUCAAGUUCACGAGAAGAGCGUACUUCUGCCACUGCUGCCUAUGACCUUGCUUUUGGCUGGUAACAAUGGCCUGGGCAAGGAAACACGGCAGUGGGUCGGGUUUGCGAAUAUCCUUGGGAGCUGGACCAUGUUUCCGCUCCUGCAGCGGGUCGAUCUGCGCGUGCCGUAUGCAGUGUUCACGCUGUUAUGGGCAUACCUGUUGGACCUCCCGCCGGUGUCACUGAGGGCUUACUUCCCGGGCACCAAGUCGUUCACGCAGUGGAUGACCUUUCUCAUCCAUAUCGCGUUCUACCUCGCCAUGGGAGCAUGGCAUUUCGCGGAGGCUACCUUGCCGCCACCAGAAGACAAGCCAGACCUGUGGACAGUGGCCAACGUCGGUCUGGGCGCGGCUGGGUUUGGGUUGUGCUACCUUUGGUGUCUCUACCGCUUGGUAGUGGAAAGCAAGAUUCUCCCUAAAAGAUCUCCAAAGAAGAAGACGCAAUAA